AUGGCCAAGAAACGCACUACGACUGCCUCGUCGCCCUGUUGGUACAUGCCAAUUACCCUGGCUUGGAUCUUUCUCUUGGUCCAGAUGUCAUCGUUCGUGCAUGGCCUCGCCAUCUCUUCCGCUACUGAUCAAAAACCCAGAGCAGCUUUCGUCUCCCUCGCCCAUGAGAACGAUCUGUCUGCGCUCCUUUCUUCCAUCUCCCAACUGGAAGAGACUUUCAAUCACCGAUACCAAUACCACUGGAUCUUCUUCAGCACCCAGCCCCUGAGCGAAGAGUUCAGGCAGCAGACUUCGAAUGCAACCGGUGCCCCAGCGGCAUUCAACACGCUAUCGCCGGCUCAGACUGGUGGCCAGUAUGUCUCCGAAAUUGGCCGACAGGUGCAGUCCCUUGACCAGAUAUCUCGCUGGAACUCGGGACCAUUUGCCAGUGAAAAUCGGUUGAGAGAUUACGACUGGAUUUGGAGAAUUGAGCCAGGCGCUCAGUUUACCCACGACAUUACGUUUGACGUGUUCCGCUUUAUGCGAGACCACGAGAUUGCUUACGGCUUUAACGAGGCCUUGCUGGACAAGGACGAGAUACGGACUCAUUCACGGCCAGUGAUUUCCUUCAUCGACAAACACCCAGAUUUGCUGCACGCAGACGCGGAUUUGUCGUGGCUCUUGGACUACAACGAUGGGUCGACUGCUGCGAAUAUUCGGGGCAACGAGUCUGGGGGCCGCCAUCGUAUUGGCAACUGGUGGGCUGACUUGAUCAGCUUGAUGAUGCAGGGCAGUCUCAGUCGUCCCGACUACGGUAUUGCUGACGGGCAACAGGACAAGAACUACGAUAGUGACGCCGAUGAAGUGGGAUCCCCUGCCGAAGCAUUUGCGUCCUAG